AGUAUAAAUUGUUCAUUAUUAUUUACAAUAAAAAUUGAGACCAUGUUUAGAAAAGUUAGUUCAAUUAUCAUCAAUAUAUUUUGCAGAUUUCGUUUCAAUCAAGGAGAUAAAUCUAAUUAUGGAAUAUUACAGAUUCAAAGAAUAAAAUAAUUUAGAUCAAAUAAUUAGUUUUUUUAUAGACAACUAAUAUUAAACUCAAAAUUAUAAUUUUAUAUAAUCAUUUUGGAAAGAAUCUUAUAAGAAUCAUUUAAUAAAAUUAAAAAAAGAAGUAAGAAGAUCUGUGUCAGAUAUUUUGUAAACUUAUAAAGUAUGAUACCCAAAAUGGAGGAAUUAACUAUUGAUCAUACAAUAGUAAUUAAAUAUUGUUCUGAAUACAUAGCUGGAAUAUUUUUGGGUGGAAGAUAAACUUUUGCAGAAUACAAUAUUUGUGAGGAUAUAUUAUUAGCUGUUUCAUUGAUAAUUGAAAGUAUAUAGGUUGUGUUAUUUGAUGAAAUAUGGAAAAUGUGAGAAUGGAAUCAACCACAAUUAAUUAUAUAUGAAGAUAAAGAUCAAUGUUUGAAAAUGUUGUAAAAGUAUGUGUAAGAUUGACAGUAGAUGAUAAAUGUCUUGUGUAUGGUGC